GAGUAUGAAUGGUCUGUCACUGCCAACAUAACUUUCUGACUAUUCCUUUUUAUCUCGUUUUAUUGGAGAAAUUGCUAUAUCACAACAAUAUUUCCAUAAUACCACAGUACGUUAAUACUACAGUCUAACGUUAGUCCUUUUUUUAUGUUACUUUACUCAAAAGUGAUGUAGUUAGUCCAGGGAAGCUUAAACUAUACUGUAGUUUGUCGUCAGCCUGUCCGCCUAGUGGUUCGGAGUACUGGUAACGUUGGGGACAUUAGGAUGAAUGUGAGUUAGGGAGUGUGGUGAAACCCCCCUGCGAAAUAUAAAGCUCUAUUCUGCGGUAAAGAUGGCGGCGGCAGAGGGGGCGCGCAGUGGCCGGGGCACGGCGAAACGACCCUGAAAGGGUCCAUAUUUCGUAUAAACUAGGACGUGGGGGACCAACAAUUUCUGCUUCGCCAUCCCACGGACAGGGAGUUGUUUUCAGUGAUUUGUCAGACUUGCUUUAUUGUUUGAGGCAAGGCGAGUGUGUUUCUUACCAAUAGCUAGUAGUAUCGAGCUAACCAGUUAGCUAGCUAACUAGCUAGGAGUCGAGUGGUGAAUAGGGGGUCGAGGAAGACUAUUUGGAACAGGCCGCUCCAUAGUUCGGGGAUGUGAACCAAGAUUGUACAGGGUUGGCUAGCUUCUUCCCGAACAUCUUUACACCGAACUGCGGGAAUGGGACAACAAGUAGGCCGCGUUGGUGAUGGGGCAUCUACAGGGCUCCAACCACCACCCCCACCGCAACAGCAGCAGCAACACUCGGGGAAGGGAAACAGGGGAAGCGCGGGGAGGAGACCCCGGGAAGUCAGCAGCACCGGAACGCCGCCAGGCAGGGUAUCUGCAGUAAACGUCCCGGACCCAGCAAUUAAUAUAUUCACACAGCAUUCAGAGGCCCUCCACCGGCCCUUUGGUCUUGACUCGGCGGCAUUGACUGAGGCGGUGCGCUGGAGCUCCAAGGAGAACCUGCUGGGCGCAGCAGAGAGCGACCCCAAUCUGUUUGUUGCACUUUAUGAUUUUGUCGCCAGUGGCGACAACACGCUGAGCAUCACUAAAGGCGAGAAGCUAAGGGUGCUUGGCUACAACCAGAAUGGUGAGUGGAGCGAGGUACGCUCGAAGAACGGCCAGGGAUGGGUCCCCAGCAACUACAUCACGCCCGUCAACAGUCUGGAGAAGCACAGCUGGUACCACGGGCCCGUGUCGCGCAGCGCUGCAGAGUAUCUUCUCAGUAGCCUCAUCAACGGCAGCUUCCUGGUCCGGGAGAGCGAGAGCAGCCCCGGUCAGCUGUCCAUCUCCUUGCGCUACGAGGGACGAGUCUACCACUACCGCAUUAACACCGCUUCAGAUGGCAAGGUGUACGUCACAGCGGAGAGCCGCUUCAGCACCUUGGCCGAGCUGGUUCACCACCACUCCACUGUGGCCGACGGCCUGGUCACCACGCUCCACUACCCGGCGCCCAAGUGCAACAAGCCCACCGUCUACGGCGUGUCGCCCAUCCACGACAAGUGGGAGAUGGAGCGCACCGACAUCACCAUGAAGCACAAGCUGGGCGGGGGCCAGUACGGCGAGGUGUACGUGGGGGUCUGGAAGAAGUACAACCUCACCGUGGCAGUCAAAACACUCAAGGAGGACACUAUGGAGGUGGAGGAGUUCCUGAAAGAGGCAGGAGUCAUGAAGGAGGUUAAACACCCCAACCUGGUGCAGCUGUUAGGUGUGUGUACUCUGGAGCCCCCGUUUUACAUUGUGACCGAGUACAUGCCCCACGGCAACCUACUGGAUUACCUGCGUGAGUGUGACCGGGAGGAAGUGAAUGCCGUGGUGCUGCUCUAUAUGGCCACCCAGAUCUCAUCCGCCAUGGAGUACCUGGAGAAGAAGAACUUCAUCCAUCGGGACCUGGCGGCCAGGAACUGCCUGGUGGGGGAGAACAGCGUGGUGAAGGUGGCGGACUUCGGCCUGAGCAGGCUGAUGACGGGGGACACGUACACGGCGCACGCCGGAGCCAAGUUCCCCAUUAAGUGGACGGCCCCCGAAAGCCUGGCCUACAACACUUUCUCCAUCAAGUCAGAUGUGUGGGCCUUCGGAGUGCUGCUGUGGGAAAUCGCGACAUAUGGCAUGUCUCCCUACCCUGGCAUCGACCUGUCCCAGGUGUAUGACCUGCUGGAGAAAGGCUACCGCAUGGAGCAGCCUGAGGGCUGUCCUCCUAAGGUCUACGAGCUGAUGAGAGCCUGCUGGCAGUGGAGCCCGAUGGACCGGCCCUCAUUCGCGGAGACCCACCAGGCCUUUGAGACUAUGUUCCAUGACUCUAGCAUCUCAGAAGAGGUUGCAGAGGAGCUGUGCAAGACGGCCUCCUCCGGCCACGGGCCCUCGAUGCACCCCUUCGGCCACGACACGCCCCUCCUGCCCUCCAAGUCACGCACGCUCAAGAAGCACACCGAGAACAAGGAGAACAUUGAGGGAGGGGUGGACGGCAGGCAGGAGCCCAGCACGCACGGCCCAACAGGUCUGGCGGCCACUCUGCUGGCAGGGGAUGGGCGGUCGGGCAGCUCCCCUGCUCUGCCUCGGAAGCAGAGGGACAAAUCUCCCAGCAGCCUUUUGGAAGAGGCCCAAGAGACCACAUUCACACGGGACCGGAAGGCCGGCUUCUUCAGCUCCUUCAUGAAGAAAAAGCCGUCGUCCUCCUCCUCUCCCUCCUCCCAGCUGCAGCAGAACCUGCCCACACCACCCAAGCGGAGCAGCUCCUUCCGAGAGAUGGAGACCCAGCCACACAAGAAAUACGAGCCCGCGGCUGGAUUUGGUGCCCCUCCUCCUGCUGUCCAGGUGGAUGGCCUGGGCUUCUCGCCGUCCCACGGGGAGGGGAACCACAUCCAGUCACGCUGCUGCGGGGCCACUUUUGGACAAAAGGCUAACCAGGCUCCUGGGCCUCCAGCCUCGCAGGUGGGGAGCAGCAGCAGCUGGGCAGGCUUGGCUGGCUUCUUCACCCCCCGGCUCAUCAAAAAGACCUUAGGGUUAAGGACUGGAAAGUCUUCCGGGACCGAGGAGGGGGUUGGGGGGACCAAGCCCUUCCCAAGGUCCAACUCCACCUCGUCCAUGUCCGCAGGGCUGCCAGACCUGGAGAGGAUGGCUCUGACGUUACCCAGGAACCGCAGUAAACCUCCCCUGGAGCGCACCGCGUCCACCACCUCGCAGCCAGAGAACGGGGCCCCGGGUGCCUCGGAAACGCCGCUCCGAAAGAUGGACGAGGGCACAGCUCAGAUCAGGGACAGGCCAAAAGCCAAGCUGCUUCCCCGAGGGGUGGGGACGGGCUCCGGGGCAGUGAGGGCACCUGGGGUUGGGAGCGAGCUCGAUUCAGACGGUCGGGGUCACGAUACGGGAGGACAGGACCGGCAGGCGUGGUCGUCCCCGUCUAAACCAGCGGGAGCAGGCCCGUCCGCGGUGCCGCACAACCACAAGGUCCCGGUGCUGAUCUCUCCCACACUCAAACACGGCCCGCCUGACGCGCACCUGGUCGGAGUGGAUUCUCAGGGCAACCGCUUCAAACUGCUGAUGGAUCAUCAGGCAGAUCGUGACAGGCCGCGGCUCGUAAAGCCCAAAUGCGCUCCCCCUCCCCCUCCCACCCUGCGCCUCCUCGGGCACACCUACAGUGGUGACGGGGAGGAGCAGGUCGGGGGGACUCCAGAGGUCAACGGGGACGGAGUGAAAAGGCCGGGCCGGGCCAGGGAUGUGGGAACUGGGCGACCGUCCGUGCCGCCGCCGCAAGUGCCUCCCCUUUCUUCCAACAGCACUAACACCACCCCCACUAAAAUGUCCAAUGGUGCCGCCAGCACUGCCUCCCCCAACGCGCCCUCUGGCGGCUCCAAGCCUUUGCGUCGGACUCGGCAGCAGACCGAAAGGGUUCAACCGGAGAAGCUCAGUAAAGAGAUUCUGCUGGAGUGUGCCGAGUGCCUGAGCGGAGCUCUCCACAGCAGCCCUGAGCCGUCUUCCAGCAGCCAGGUCCUGGAUGCCGGCCACCAGCUGCUAGAGUACUGCUCAGGCUAUGUAGACUGCAUCCCACAGAUGCGGAACAAGUUUGCCUUCCGGGAGGCUGUGGGCAAGUUAGAGCUUAGCCUGCAGGAGCUGCGGGCGUCAUCCUCCUCUGGAGGGACUUUCGGGGGACCGGGACUUAGCCCUGCCUUGGACAACUUGCACACUUGCAUCAAGGAAAUCAGUGAUAUGGUUCAGAGGUAGCCAUUGGACCUGGUCCAAACAUUUUCCGUUGUAUUCCCCCUUAUUAUGUUCUGGUCUAUUCGCAUUUUGGGGACAUGGAGAACAAUCUCAGAAGUACCUCAGAAAAUCACUACGAAUUGGGUCAUUGUUUACAGUCAACUCUUUCUCAAAUGCCAGUGAGGAGCACUGUUCUGACCUUUGUACAUAAACAUCGUUGAUACCAAACUCGAUGUGGUUCAUUUUACCCCAAGUAACUGUUUUGGCCCAUGUUUCAACUUUUCCACUAGGUUUAAAGGCCUUUCUUUUAACUGAAUGUCUAGUAUAUUGCCUAUGUAUUCAGCCCCACAGAUUUGUUCAAGUAAUUUGGCAUAUGUCAUCAUUCUUUUUAUGCCUUUGACUCUAUGUGGGAUAUUCCCCGCAUUUUACCUGGCAACAAUUAAGUCCCAGUGACAACACUUCACUUUUGAGAAACGAUUAUCACCUGGCCUUGGGAAAGGCUGCUUCAAGUACUAGUUUGAAUAACAAAACUCUGAUUUGAAGAUCUGAUUUGUUCAUUUGUAUAUCACGCCGCGGUAUUGUCUACAACCAGUUUCCAAGUCUGAAAUUUCCUAGUUCCAACUAGUAUGGGAUGCCUCUUUAGAUGAGUGUUGCACUUAAUCAGGUGUACUUCCUCUUCCAUUUGAUUUAGUUCAUUUAUUUCAGUUACAUGUUUCCACUUACUAUCUGAAGGGAAAAUGCAAGCAUUUCUAUAUUUAUGUCCGUAUUCCCUCGCACAUGUAUCUAGAUGUUCACAGCUUAUGAGAAAUGUAAGAUGUGUGCAGGGUAGCACAUAAGCAGAUUGUCAGGGACAGUGCUUCUAAGUGUCAUUGGACAGUGCCUAAAGAUUAAGUGAUUGGAAAUCUGCAAAUACUGCUACUCCUUGACAAAAUACUGAUCAACACAAACUGCAGUAUGUCUCUAGCACAUGAGUGAUUUGUUUGUACAUUAUUUGGUUUUAACUUUAGAAUGUUUAAGUAUGAACUUGAAUUUUAAAUUAUUGUUUUUUUUUAUUAAAAGCACAGACAUAUAAAACAAAUAAAAAAAAAAUGUUAUGUAAAUAUUUACCUAAUUCCAUAUCCAGGAAAAGUUCAAGGUCACAUUUGCUUAUGUAUUUGACAAUGGACAGGAACAGUAGGAGGCGUAUUGCAGGCCUGAGGCCCCCUACCCCAUCUGAACAUCUGCAAAAUGAAUGUAUUCUCUUUUUCUUUUUUUUUUUAAAUAAUGAAAAUAUUGGAUUAUCCACCUGCAAGAGUUGUCAUCUUCCUUUGGUCAUUGUUUCAAUAUUGACAUUACAGUUUUGUAGUGAUGAACACCCUUGCUAUCUCCCUUUCACAUGGUAUUUUAUCAUUUCUACGCCAACAUUUCAGAUAGUUGGAAGUCAUUUCAUCCGGUUUGAUUUAUUGUUCACAAAUGCAACAAGCACCUGCAAAUCCUUUCUUUUAAACAAAAAUGUGGCUAAUGAAUCAAGCAAUUCAAAGAAAAGAGCUUGUGAUGACCUAUACUGAAAAAUCCUCCAAAGCCCACUUGAUGUUGGAAACAUGCUGAGUGUACACUGGAUAAAGCCUAUGAUGUAGUAGACAUGAGUUGGUAUAUUGCAUAUUGUCUUUGUAUAAUCUCUAAUAGCACCAUGUAUGACAGCCAAUAUUCCUUCACAUUUCAUUCCUUGUCUGUUUUUUGGUACAUCACCUAACUGAUCGAGCGUGGGGGCUUCAGCGUGCCUCUGGUCAUUCACAGGUCCUCUUGAUAAUAGGAUGUCAUGAAACAAGUUGUUGUUUCUUUACACUGUGAGGUUCAAAUCAAAAGAAUGAGGUAUUUCUUUUUAUUUUCUUGCUACUGGAUACAGCAAUGUUUUUCCAAUGAUUCAUGGUGCCUUUUGUGAAUGUUAUUUAAUGUACAGUGCACUAAGUCAAGAAACGGAUAUACAGCGAUGUGUAAUUGUAAAUAUCUUAUGGUUUGGUUUUUAGAUGACACAUUUUGCUAUAAGACCAUGGCCAUGUUUAAAUAUCACUACGACAUGUUUCUAUUACUGGGUGUAAAUGGUUAAGACUCAAACUUGAAAAUAAAAUGUGCAAUUUGUCUCCUGUAUUAUAAUAGAUGGACAGUUGAUGAGAAACGUAUUGGUCUUCGAUUGGUCCAUAUCUGUUACCCUACAUAGCUCUGCUUCUCUGACAGAGUUGCACAAUAAGUAUUUUGUUUUGAAAAAACUAGCGACACAAAUGCAAGUCUUUCUGGUGCACUUCCCUAAAGCUGCUCUGUAGUCUUAAGGAUUUGAACUAUUAAACUCUCUGCAUCCUCCACUUUGUCUUCGACAUUCUUAAUGAUUACUUACCAAUUUGGCCUUCCGUUAAUUUGAUUCUUGCCCUUAUUUAUGGUUAGAUUAUGUCUCUGUUGUGCUUGAUUGCCAAACUGCUCGAGUGAGACAAGUACCUCACAAAUACAUCGGCUGGUGACAGUCUUAUUUGCAUAUCGUAUUGUUAUUGUUCAAGCUAGAGUGGAACAAGGAACAUCAAGCUACAAGAAUCAAAGAGUUUGCAGUGGUUGCAAUCAUUUUUGCAAGCAAUUGAUUACAUUUUGGAUUGUGCUCAUUAUAUUGUUUUUGUUUCUAUCCAUUUUGUUUCUAUUCAUCUUUGUCAUCUUUAUUUAUUGUUGCUGUAUUUAUUUUGUACAUUUUGGGGGGAUCCUGAAGUUCUUAUUUUUAAUGACAACAGUGCUGAAGAAAUUGUAUGUUUGCAUCCUAUACCAAAGGCCACUUCAUCUACAAUUCUAUGUGUGCAAU